UUCUGCUAUUAAUUGAAACUAAUUAUCCGGUAUCAUUAUUUUAAUGUUUGUUUUGAAAUAAACAAAACAUUUUCUGGAUUUAAAAUAGUUUAAUUAUACAAAGCGUUAAUAAUAAUUAUUAUACAUAAUGAAACGUUAGACAUUUCUGAGAAUUAUACGAACCAUUACCAAUGCUGUGCAAUUAUUAAAUGACAUUUUAAAAACAUGGGUGAAUGAAACAAACAGAACUUUUCUUAGAUAAGAAUAUAUACAUACAUAUUUCUACGUUUAUAGUCGAAAAAAAAUGGAGCUCUUAGCUCCACUUUGAAAUUAUUACAAAAUCAAAUAAAAAUACUCUUUAUAUAUGUAUAUUUUAUAUAGACAAAAAACAUAUUAGCAUACCAAUAAUAAGUGUGUAAGAAGCGCUGCUAAUUUUCGCAGACGUUUUGUUUAAUGGCCUUUCGAAAAUUUGUAAAAUCUGUACUGCUAGGGAUUCCCAUUGGUAUAACGUUUCUGGAUUGUGUUGGCUAUGUCGCUCGAGUGGAUGGAAUAUCUAUGCAACCAGCUCUUAACCCAGAUGCCAACCAAACAGAUUACGUUUUUCUAUCUCGCUGGGCUGUGCGUACAUGCAACGUGGAACGUGGCGAUAUCGUUUCACUUAUUUCUCCAAAGGACCCCGCACAAAAGAUAAUAAAACGUAUAGUUGGACUACAGGGUGAUGUCGUUUCUACUCUGGGUUACAAACAUGAAAUAGUGCGCAUCCCAGAGGGUCAUUGUUGGGUUGAAGGGGACCACACUGGCCAUUCGCUGGAUAGUAACACUUUCGGGCCUGUAGCGCAGGGCUUAUUAACAGCUCGAGCGACAUACAUUGUUUGGCCUCCAGAACGCUGGCGUCGACUACAAACUGAGUUACCUCGACGUCGUAGACCCAUCCAAAUAGCUAAGUCAGCAAGUUAUUACAGUCAAUAAUAACAUUAAUUAGGGCUGUGAAGCCCAAGGUACUUUCGCACCCAUUUUCAGCGUUAUAUCAGAUUUAAUUAAGAAUCCUGAAAGUGUUAUAUGUAUAUAAAAUUAAACUACAGUUCGAAUGUUAUAAAUUGGAAAAAACUGUCAUGUGUGUGCGUAUGUUUGCAGAACAGUUAAAAUUUUCAAGUUAAUUUUUGAGGGUUUAUAAAAGUAAUUGGUGAUGUAUUUACACCUUUUGAUGUACGUAUAAUUAUCAAUUAAAAUCCUUGCAAAUUUUCUAAUUUUGUAUUUUUCCAGAA